AUGGCAUCAGAUAUUCCUGGCUCGGUGGCCUUGCCGGUGGCACCGAUGGCAAGUGGACAAGUGAGAAUGGCAGGAUCCAUGCCUUCCAGAGGAGGAAAGCGCCGCUCCGGAAUGGAUUUCGAUGAUGAAGAUGGGGAGGGGCCCAGCAAAUUUUCAAGGUAUGAUGGUGAUCAAAUCUCUGGUGAUAAGGAAAAGUUUGCAAGGGAGAAUCAUAGUGAAAUUGAGAGACGCAGGAGAAAUAAGAUGACACAGUACAUCACCGAACUGUCUGAUAUGGUACCCACUUGUAGCGCGUUGGCUCGUAAGCCUGACAAGCUGACAAUUCUUCGGAUGGCUGUUUCACACAUGAAAUCAAUGAGGGGCACUGGAAACAAAUCUACUGAUGGAGCUUACAAGCCUUCGUUUCUUACAGAACAGGAACUGAAACAUCUUAUCCUGGAGGCUGCAGAUGGGUUCCUGUUUGUAGUUGCAGCUGAGACAGGAAGAGUGAUCUACGUAUCAGAUUCUGUGACUCCUGUGCUGAACCAGCCACAGUCUGAAUGGUUUGGCAGCACUUUGUACGAACAGGUUCAUCCAGACGACGUGGAAAAGCUGCGAGAGCAACUAUGUACAUCCGAAAACUCUAUGACAGGACGAAUCCUCGACUUGAAGACUGGAACAGUAAAGAAAGAGGGUCAGCAGUCCUCAAUGAGAAUGUGCAUGGGAUCAAGGCGCUCUUUCAUUUGCAGGAUGAGGUGUGGAAAUGCUCCUCUGGAUCAUUUACCUCUGAACAGAAUAACCACCAUGAGAAAAAGAUACAGGAAUGGCCUUGGCCCAGUAAAAGAAGGCGAAGCACAGUAUGCUGUUGUCCAUUGCACGGGCUAUAUCAAGGCUUGGCCACCAGCAGGAAUGACUAUACCAGAAGAAGACGCUGAUGUGGGACAAGGUAGUAAAUAUUGCCUCGUGGCAAUAGGAAGGCUUCAGGUAACCAGCUCUCCAGUGUGCAUGGACAUGAAUGGCAUGUCGGUCCCAACUGAGUUCUUGUCUAGGCACAACUCUGAUGGGGUCAUCACCUUCGUCGACCCAAGGUGCAUCAGCGUCAUUGGCUACCAGCCCCAGGAUCUUCUGGGGAAAGAUAUUUUAGAAUUCUGCCAUCCUGAAGAUCAAAGCCAUUUGAGGGAGAGUUUCCAACAGGUUGUGAAACUGAAAGGUCAAGUCCUAUCUGUGAUGUAUCGUUUUCGUACCAAAAACCGGGAAUGGAUGCUGAUCAGAACCAGCAGCUUCACGUUUCAGAAUCCUUAUUCCGAUGAGAUUGAAUACAUCAUCUGCACCAACACUAAUGUAAAACAACUUCAGCAGCAGCAAGCAGAACUUGAAGUACAUCAAAGAGAUGGGCUGUCAUCCUAUGACUUAUCCCAGGUGCCUGUUCCAAGUAUACCAGCUAAUGUUCAUGAGGGUGGAAAGUCUGUGGAAAAGCCUGAUGCUAUCUUCUCCCAAGAGAGAGAUCCUAGAUUUGCUGAGAUGUUUGCUGGAAUAACUGCUU